AUGAGUUCUGUGAAUGAGCUGUUAAACUACUUUGUGGUUAAUGAUGACAAGGACGACGUGGCCAAGGGCGGAGAGGGAGCCAAGUCGCGGGCCGAGCAGCUGGAGCGGGAGAGACAGAAGGAAAACGAGAGGGCCGUCGUGCGGAGGUACUUCCCCGGAAAGAAACCCCACUACGCGAAGAACGCCAAGGAGGAUGACGAGGAGGACGGCGGCGAAGAUGACGAGGACGAGGAGGACCCCCUCUUCGCGCGUAACGAUGCCCUGGCGGAAUAUUUACCCAAACAGGGCCUCGCGCAAGGGAGAAGAUAUGCGGAUAGGCCGCCGGGGAGUGACCGGCCAGGUAGCCCCAGCCAAGUAGACUCCAGAUAUGAGAGACUCAAAAAUAAAAGCAUCAAGGGAGACGAACGGGAAAGGAUCACCAGGCGGGUGCGAGAAGUGAAGGUCAUCAACCACCCGGAGGAGGCAAAAGAUGGGCUCCCCAAAUCGCGAGGAGAGGAGGGAGAAGAGGCAGACAAUUAUGAGCAGUACUUCCCCGUAGGAGAGGAAGAAGUGGAGCAGGAGGAAAACGAAGGAGAUGCCGACGCUGGAGAUGCCCACUCUGCAGACCAAUCGAGCAACUCCUCUUAUGACGAAUCAGAUGACCAAUCGGGCGAUGAAAACUACAUGAACGGAGAGGACGGAAGCGCCCCCAUGAAACACGAGUACGUUUUUAAAACGAAAAGAAAGACGCUGCUGGAGAGCUUUCAAAAGGAGCAAAACGAAAAGCAGCUGCAAAAAAGUGAGGCAACAGAAAAAAAAAUAAUUGAAGAGGAGAAAAAGGAAAAGGCAAUAGAGGAAACCAUACACAACGAAAUAAUGAUUGAGCAGAUGAAGAACCAAGAAAACAACGUGUUCUCGUCUGACGAAAAUUUUGAUGACGAUGACGCUGAUGAGGGGGAGCCAGAUGAAAAGGAAUACCAACUGUGGAAGCUUCGCCACAUGAGCAGACUAAAGAGAGACGAGCUCGACAGAAGAAAGCAUCAGCUUGUGCAGGACGAAAUCAGCGAAAGGAGAAAAAUGACAGACAGGGAAAUAAUGGAACAAAAUAAACUGCUCCCACAUAAGGAGAAGAAGAAGAAAAAAAAAAUGCUCUUUAUGCAAAAGUACUACCACAGGGGAGGGUUCUUUCAGGACCUCUUUGAAGAAGGCAAGGAAGAAAUUUACAGGCGAGACUACAACGAGCCGGUGUACGAAGACAAAGUCGAUAAGGAGAACCUGCCCAAAGUGCUUCGCGUGAGGAGGGGCAACUUCGGCAAGCAGGGCCAGUCCAAGUACACCCACCUGCUCGACAACGACACCUCCAGGAAGGACUCGCUGUGGGCCAACCGGGACCUGGAGGCCCGCCGCGCCCGCCGCAAGGAGGACUUGUUCGAGCGCCCCACCUACCGGAAGGGGUAG